AUGAGGCGUACCUCGAGACACACCAAGGUCCCAAAACGUCUCGACGUUGAGUUACUAAACGCUAAGUUGCUAGAUGCGAUUCGGAGCGAAGAUCACCAUACAGCACACGCACUACUCGAUGAAGGAGCUGAUGUCGACACGUGCAACGAGGAAAUUGGCUGGUAUCUUCACCACAAAGCUUUCCAAACCGAUUCUUCGUCACCCAACGACUGCACUUAUCCGGGGCCAAAUAGUAAAGACGAUUUGGGUGACGACCCAUUCUGUCCUCAGUUUGGGAUUGGUAUUACACCGCUGCAGAUUGCGAUACUGUUAGGCAAUCAGACCUUGGUAAACCUACUGCUAGAGAACAAGGCCAACGUACAUCCAGCCCAUGAGUAUAGCCCUCUGGUAACAGCUUCAUGGCUUGGGUUUGGAGGUAUAGUUACUCUUCUCCUCCGUAAAGGAGCCGAUAUCAACGUCGGUGAUGAUAACGUUGGAAUGCCACUUCAAGCCGCGGCAGCAAAGGGCCACAUCGAAAUCGUCAAUCUUCUAUUGGAAAACGGGGCAGAUAUUGAUGAAACAAGUGACCCCUACGGAACCGCCCUCACUGCGGCCUCCUGGCACAACCAUAUCGACAUUGUGAAAUUGCUUCUAGCCAACUUGGCCAGCGUGAACUCCCUAUACGGCGUAAGCGACGACUUCAGGAGUCCGCUCGCUGCCGCCGCAGAAAGAGGAAACCUACAAGUUGUCGAGUUGUUAUUGGCAAAGGAUGCGAGUGAUUACGUGGAAGAAAAUACUCAUGACAGCGCGAUAUGGCUUGCAUCCAACCCCUCCUUGACGCUAUUUUUGCGGACGAGGGACCUGAAUGGGCUACAGAAGCUAUAUUUCGAGAGGUUAAGCGAGGGUAUCGUCGUGGUCGUCUCUGUGUGUCCUUAUCAUGUCGCUCGUGUGAUAGAGGUAAUCGAUCAUCGAGACUUCGAUGCAAGUGUCAACUGA